UUGACGUGUUUGACUAAUUUUCCAAGUGGUAGUAGGUAUAAAUCUUAAUAUAUUUUUUGAUUUUGCCUUUAAAUAUUUUUAAAUCUAUAGGAGUGGUAAACAAUUUACAGUCGUUCUUAAAUAUUUUUGAAUUAGUUUAUUUUAUCCGUAAUCAAUGCCCUACAUUUUGAUCCGAGGCAAUUUGGCUUCGUAUGGACAUAAAAACCCUUGGCGUGUUUUGGUAUCGGGUUUGAAAGCUGGAGAUAUAGAGCAACUAAAACGUUUUGCCUGUGGAGGGUAUUGUGACGAUUCAACAAUUGUUUAUCUGCAACAUCCAUGCGUCAUACUUAGUGCUCUUGAGGUAUUAGGUUACAAAGUUGUUGCUUCUAGUUCAACAGCAGUAAAACAAGACUACAAUGAGUAUAUGUGGACUAUGAGAAAAGAAUUUUCUGAACCAGAACCCUCUAUAAUUGUAGAGCAAGACAAUAUUACAAAUAUUAGCAAAGAGGCUAUGCACUAUCAUCAUUCUAACAAAGACGACGAGGUCAAGAGGAAAUCAAAGCAUUGACCAAGAAAUACCCAGGAUCUGGAGAUGUAGUUAAUGGUGUAACUAUGAAAACAAAUGUCCUUCAACUGAUUAAUUCAUUGAGCCAGUUGG